UCAUCGUCGGCACGCGCGUCGACUACGAACACGGUGCGUACCUAUCGGUCGACUAACUGUUACUUGUAUUAUAGGUGAAUAUAAAAUAAUAUUAUAUUCGUAGGAGAAAAACGUUACCGGUGUUCGAAUGAUAAUAAUAAUAAUAAUAAAUAGUCCAAAUAAAUGUGUAAAAGAGCUUGUGUUUUAAGUUUUAAACGUCUUUCCGUGUAAAAACAAUCACGUGAAUUGAAAUACGGAAUCCACGACGAACGCCGUAACGUCAUUAACGCCGCGGUCGUAUUAUAAUAUACCGUUUAAUAACUAUCUACUGCAGCACUUUCAUGUCGGCGCGUCUCGCGCAAUUUUCGUAAACCUAAACAGUAGUACACGUCGACCUAUAUGCCCGAACGGAACAUGGACUUGGACCGCACGUCUUCGCCGCCGCCGUCGAAACUUCCGCCUUCCGCUAUAACGCCGUCGGCGCAGGCGACACACAGGGCCAAGCGGCCGAACGAGUUGCUGUUGUCGAAUAACGGAUACGGAGGUAGCGACGACGACCGCCGCAAUCACGGCACCGACCAAAGGGACGCGCUGUUGCUGUCUCCGUUGUCCGACGAGGCGCUUCUGUCUGCCGACCCGGACGCAGCGGCCGCCAAUGUCGAAUACCCUGUACAGGCCAACGGCCACCAGCCGGUCGUAAUUCCAGUAGCCAAGCACAAUACGAGAAAGUCGCAUUUAACGUCACCGUCGAUCUACCGGAAGGCCAAACGAAGAGCGCUGUACAAGAAUGGCGAAUGUAACAUUGUCCUGGCAAACGUGUCAAAACUUCGUCGGCGUUACAUGCAGGACCUGUUCACCACGCUGGUGGACGCGCGAUGGCGAUGGACUCUGUGCGUGUUUGUCAUGAGUUUUCUUCUAAGUUGGCUCGCUUUCGGCAUCAUCUGGUACUUGAUUGCCUUCACUCACGGUGAUCUGUCGCCCGAAAACAUCGACAACCCAUUAUGGUCGCCGUGCGUGAUCAACAUGAAAACGUUCAUGGCCAGCUUCUUGUUCAGCGUGGAGACGCAGCACACCACGGGGUUCGGUUACCGAAUGGUCACAGAAGAAUGUCACGAAGCCAUAGUAUUUUUCUGCUUCCAGAGCAUCGCCGGUUUAAUGAUCCAAGCGUUCAUGGUGGGCAUCGUAUUCUCAAAGAUGUCACGACCAAAACAACGCAGCCAAACGAUUAUGUUCAGCAAGAACGCGGUGAUAUGUCGAAGAGACGGUCAGCUGUGUUUUAUGUUCCGCGUUGGUGACAUGAGAGAAAAGUCACAUUUGAUCGGGACCACGAUCCAGACCAGAUUAAUACGAUCUCGAGUGACGCCAGAAGGAGAAACGUUAUCACCACAUGUGACGUAUUUAAAAAUAAGUAUAGACGACAAUGAUGAACGCGUAUUUCUAAUGUGGCCGACCAUAGCCGUACAUAUAAUCGAUCAGGACAGUCCUCUGUACGGGCUGAGCGCGGCGGAUCUGUUGAACGAGAAAUUCGAAGUGAUCGUGAUCCUGGAGGGCACCACCGAGUCGACAGGACAGACUACGCAGGCACGGACAUCGUACUUAGCGUCAGAAGUUUUAUGGGGUCACAGGUUUCGCCCGUUGGUCAAAUAUUGCAAGACGAAACUGAUGUACGAAGUCGACUACUCGCAGUUCCACGACGUGUGCAAUGUUGACACGCCACUGUGCAGUGCCAAAGAUCUAGAAACAUACUUAAUGAUCAACGAACCCAAAGUCAUAUAAUGUAUAAUGUAUUGAUCUAAUACAAAAAUACAUAUUUUUUGAAAAUGUAUAUUUUAAUAGUUGUAAAAUCUUUACUUUAUUAGUUAAAUUUAAACGACAUUUUAUUUGCACGAUUUU